AUGACACCAAUACUCGUCAAUACAGUUCUUAAAUGCAUUCCAAAUCUUCGUCAUCAUGGUAGUCAACCGUCGUCGCGCGAAUUGAAUCUGCCCGGCCUUUGUUCGGAAGCCUUAGCUGCUUGGGGUACUGAUCACCCAGCUGAUUUGAGUUAUCGUGUCGAAUUAGCUCGUCGAAUAGCAUUGACGUUUAACAAUGCUGAUCAAAUCAUUCUUAUGGAUGACGUUGGACUUGUUGUUCCCGAAUCUGAACGUGCAGGUUUUCAUGAUUUACGUGGCUGCGAUCGAUCAUUAUUGCCUGCUCUAUGGCUAUCAACCGGAUUUCGUCAAGGAGGAUGUAUACUUGUCUAUUCGCCACCGAAUCCAGUAGAAAUCGAAACGUACUUGAAAUUGAAAAAGAUCAUCGAAGAUCGUCUUCAACGUACGAUACAAAUUCGUAUUCUCUAUCAAGACUCAACUGGUCAUUUACACGAACUGAUCAAUAUUUUCGAGACAAAUAGCAUGAAAUACGCUGAGCUCUGUGAACAAUUUGCUCAACAACCCUCCGAUGGAUUCUAUCCUGAGUAUCAUAUUGAUAUGUUGCAAACGCAUCUGAAUGAAAUAACCAAAAAUUCUCGUCAUUCAUUUGUCUUUCCUUACGAAAUGACUGAAUACCAUCAAAGUCAAUUGCAGGUCUAUUCUGAUCGUUUAAGCUUACCUGAUUUACCAAUUAAUGAUAAAGCUAAACACAGUUUACUUUUAAAAUCGAAAGGCUUUAAUUCUUUACCCAUUCUCAUCGCUGUUUCAACUGAUGGAAAAUUAAUCGAUAAUUAUCAAGAUUAUGUACAAGCGAUUGAGAAUAUCAAUUUGGUUUCAACGGAAAACACAUGGGAAAACAUCGAAAAGUUUUCGCGAGGAGUCAUUCAAGCCAUUGAUCGAUUAUACAACCAGUAUCAUGUUUCAGCUUUCGUUAAAUUAGAUGCCAGUGGGGCAGCUGGCUGGUCGUGUAUGAGUCCCGAGAAACAUUCAUUAAUCUACAAUUGGAGAGGAAAUCAAGAAGAACGUAUUCAAUAUCUGUGUGAAUAUAUGAAAGCACGAGUUGUCGGCGACUAUCUCCCACUCUUAGCUGUUGUCGAAGAAUUUAUUCAACCACAAAAACGCGCGGGAGAUAUCGAUGCAGAUUAUACUGUUUGUGGUUUUGUUCUGGGAGGAAUAUUUUUUCCUACCUCGAUUAAUCUAUGCGGAACAGUUGAUGGAAGUUAUGUUGAACAGUGGACCUCAUCAUCUUCUACUGAUUUGCAAGAUUCGCCACUGUAUUGGCAACGUAUGUUUCAUCUUUAUUCGCUGAUGGUUAAGCAUGAAUCGUUGGAGCUUGGCUAUGCAAACGGAAUUUAUGCCGGAGAUCUAUUUGUGACGAAGGAUGGCUGUUUAAAACAACGUGAUUGGAACAUUCGUCGUGGUGGACGCUCAUCGCCUGAAUCGAUGAUUAUAUUUGGCAUGCCGAAUUAUGAAACAAAAGUCAUCCUACCCUUGGAAGACUUUGACCUCAAUAAAAAGCUGACAAACUUAGAACUGUUUCGUCUCUAUACAAAGAUUUGUCGAUGUUUAUUGGAGGAUUAUGGCAUGUAUAUAUUUUCCAGCGGCUUUGGCUAUUGUGGAAAAGAUAACGAAGAAGAGAACUGCUUUAAAUUCAAUGUACUUGUACAUCCUAAAUGGCUUACUAAAACGGCUCAAAAUGGCGACAAGCUUCAACUGUCACGAUGUGACUAUCGCCAAAAGGUUAUCGAAAUUAUUCGAGAAAUCACCCUCAAAAUUCUUCGUAGUUAA